AUGGCUAAUUCUAAAUCAGUUAGUACACCAGUAGCACAAGGGGAGAAACUAACUAAUAGUGGGAAUCAAAACAAGGUCGAUGAGAAGGAAUAUCGAAGCCUAGUAGGCUGCCUGCUUUACUUAACAGCAACUAGGCCUAAUAUCAUGUUUGGUGUUAGUCUCUUGUCAAGGUUUAUGCACUGCUGUAAUGUGACUCACUUUAAAGCAGCUAAGAGAAUCCUUAGACAUGUCAAAGGAACAUUGAACCAUGGAGUUAUGUUUAAGGAAGAGAAAGAGCUCAAGCUAAUUGGAUACUCAGAUAGUGACUGGGCUGGCUCUGUUGAUGACAUGAAGAGCACCUCUGGUUACUUCUUCACACUUGGCUCAGGAGUAUUUUGCUGGAGUUCAAAGAAGCAAUAA